GACAGGCUGGAUGCCCAAGUUGCGCAAUGGGUAACAAACUAAGCUGUUCUUGUGCGCCGCUAAUACGUAAAGCAUAUCGGUAUGAAGAUUCGCCGUGGCAAGCAUCGCGUAGACGGGACGGUCAUCUCCUGAGGUUGUGGGCGGAAGUGUUCCACGUGUCGGCCAGCGGCACUGGCACCGUCAAGUGGCAACAGGUGUCCGAGGAUCUGGUUCCGGUCAACAUCACCUGCAUCCAGGACUCGCCCGAGUGCAUCUUCCACAUCACCGCGUACAACAGCCAGGUGGACAAGAUCCUCGACGUGCGACUAAUCCAGCCGGGAACUCGGAUCGGCCAGGCGUCGGAAUGCUUCGUGUACUGGAAGGAUCCCAUGACCAGCGAUACCUGGGGCCUGAACUUCACCUCUCCUAUCGAUGCCAAACAGUUCCGCGAAUGUUGUUCGCCUUCUUUCAAAUUUUCACGAAAGGCCUCCUCAAGCUAUUCACUAAAACUUGAUCCACCCGGCAAGGGCAAGGUAAAAACGAAAAGAAAACCCCUCAGCACGCCGGCCAGCCCGUCGAGGGCACGUGAGCCGCAGUGCACGUGCAUGACGGCCGAGCAGUACGCACGCAUCCGGGCCCAGGAUCCGCGCUACCGAGGAUCGUCGACGCUGCCCCGGGCCACCAAUCGUGCCACGGAAACGGAAACGCUCAGGAGCGAGAAGAUUGCCACGGCCACGUCGAGCACGUCGCUGUACGACAACGUGGGCGCCAACAAUACUCAGGGAAAUGCCAUCAACGCGCAAGACACCGGCAACCGGCAAACCAAGUCGCAGGAAACGAGCACGAUGACCAACAUCGGAACGGGCACGGCGUCGUCGGGUUCGCAGGUGACGCAGAACCACGUCGGCUCCCAGAUCGGCCAGGACGACCAGAACUCGAACAUGGGCGGUGGUGGAGGCGGCGGAGGUGGAAUCAGCAUCAACAUCAGCGGUGGCGGACAAGGCGGAGGGGGUGGUGGCCAGGAGACUUCAAAAUCCGAAGGAACGCAGGCUGGCGGAACGCUGGAACGAUCGACGAAGACCACCUCGACGGGGACGGGCACCAGGACGAAGGACUUUGGCGAGGACAUGGUGCGGGAUCAGCACGACAUGCACCACAACAUGAUCAACAACAAUCAGGCCAGACGGAACAAGUCCAAGAGUACCGAGGAUAUGAAUGUCGACACCUCAACGAUGAAGCGCAUGCUGAAGCCGAUGCCGAGUGCGGAAAGUCCCGUGACCUCGCCGGAAAUGGGUCGCCGUCGGUACAACUACUACAACUCAGCUACCAACACACCCCACACUCACCAGCAGCACCAGCAGAUGCACCAAGCGCACAUGAUGAACAACAACGGAACCAUGACGCGGAACUCCUCCAGCCAGAACUCGCGCUUUUCCGGAUCAAGAUCAUCUCACGAAAUCGGCCGCGGACAUCAGCACGGUCCCCGCGGGCUCUACCUGGAGCUGGAACGCGAACGAGGCUGCGUCGAGGGCUCCCCACCCUCGGACAACGUCAUGUUCGACAACCAGUGCUACGCAACGACCCCGAGCUCGAGCAACGGCAACUCCGACCAGGAUCAGCCCCCGUACGGCCGGCAGAGCAGCGGCCGACAUUCGCAUCAUCAUCAGAAUCCACCAAACGUGACGCCGACGCCGGGUUCGCCGACCUCGCGGCUGCUGCUCGAGUACGAGAUGCACCUGCGGAACACGCUGGCCAAGGGCAUGGACGCCGAGUCGUACAGUUUGCACACGUUCGAGGCGCUGCUCUCGCAGAGCAUGGAGAACCUGGAGCUGGCGGAGAGUCUGCCCGGGUCGAACCAGCGCAGCCCGUACCCGAUGAGACGAAGAUCAUCAGCCAGUGCCAAAUCCUCAACCCUGCCGCUUCCCCAUCGACUGGGUCCGGAGCGGCCCGUGCAGGUGCGCGAGCGGGACCGUGACCGUGACCGUGAUCGGGACGGGUACUACAGCGACCGGAACGAGCUGAUACGAGAGCGGGAGCGGGACCGCGACCGGGACCGUGGCUAUCUGAGCGAUCACAACUCGAACAGUUACGCGACCGCAUCCCGUUGUGCGUCCUGCAUCGGCGAGUCGGCCCGUGCCCAGUGGUUCCGCCACUCGGACGGUUGGCGAUCGGGCAGUUCGACGUUCGGGUCCGGAUCCGGCCCCGGGUUGGUUUCGUCGCAAAGCAACCUCGGUGGAGGAGGCAUGGGUGGCGGUGGCGGUGGUGGCGUAGGAGGAGGCGGGGGAAUGGGCGUUGGCCCAGGUGGAAACAUGGUCGGUGGUGGAGGCGGUGGCGGUGGCGGAGGAGGUGGCCACAAGCGGUCACCCUGGGACUCGUUGCCAUCGCUGCGGCAGGACUCGAGCCUGAACGAUUCGGGCUACAAGAGCAACCGGGCAGAUUCCUUUGAGCAGAGUUCUGUCUCGUCCAGGGGUGUCUUCGACAGGCAGGACAGCCUCCGGUCGGACUACAUGAGCGACCGGGAGCCGCGGUUCGGAAUUGUCCAGCAGGCAUCGAUCGACAGCACCGAUUCGCGGCUGUGCUAUCUGACGUCGUCGGAGAUUUCCGAUGACGACCGCAUGAGCCUGACGACGGCCGUGUCGGAUGAGGACGACGGCGAGAGUGUGAUGGCCUCACCGUACAAAGCAAAGGCCACCGGAACGGCCGCGGCCUCGUUCAACUGCACCGGUGCGGUCCGGAAGGCGGGCUUCCUCUCGGUCAAGAAAUGGCUCCUGCGCAAGAAGCACCAGAUCGAGCUGGCCCGCAAGCGCGGCUGGAAGGGCUACUGGGUCUGUCUGAAAGGUACCACCUUGUUGUUCUACCCGUGCGACUCGCGGGAGGGUCGCUCCGUUGAGGCCGCCCCGAAGCACCUGAUCAUCGUGGACGGCGCGAUCAUGCAGCCGAUUCCGGAGCACCCGAAGCGGGACUACAUCUUCUGUCUGAGCACGGCGUUCGGGGACGCGUACCUGUUCCAGGCGCCGUGCCAGGUCGAGCUGGAGAACUGGGUCAACAGUAUACACAGUGCCUGCGCGGCCGCGUUCGCCAGACAUCGGGGCAAAACGGGCACGCUGCACCUGCUGCAGGAGGAGAUCUUCCGGCUGGAGAAGGCGAUCGAGUCGGAUCACAAGCUGAAGCACAUGGCCGAUCUGCAGCAGAGUGUCGUGAACGAUGGUGAUACGCGCCACCAGAUCCAGCAGCAGAUCCUCCAGUGGGAGGAGAACCUCGAGCGGCUGCACUGCGAGCAGUUCCGUCUGCGCUGCUACAUGGCAUCGCUGCAGAACGGAGAGCUACCGAAUCCUAAGUCUCUCCUGACGCACGUGUCGCGCCCCACCAAGAACACGCUGAACAAGCUGGGCGUCUUCACGGUGUCCUCGUUCCACGCGUUCAUCUGUGCGCGAUCGCCGUCGCUGCUGAACAACCUGCUGGCCGGUCGCGGCGCCACCAAGCGCCGUCCGCCGAUCCUGUCCCGCUCGAACAGUGGCUCGAGCCGGCGCUCGAUGCAGAUGGGCAACCGGGACGACGCAGAAAAGUCCUACAAGGUCGCGCUGCCGGAGAACACCUUCGCCACGGUGUACCUGCGCGAGGGCAUGUCCGUCGAGGAGUUCCUCGCGAGCGCCUGCCAGCGCAAGAACCUCAACCCGAUGGAGCACUUUGUGCGCGUCAAGAAGCGCCGCGAUAUGGAAGAUCACAACUACUUUGUUCCUCACCGUAACGAUCUGAUCGAAACAUAUCUACACACCCACGAGAUGGUCGAGUGCUGCGCCAAGAUCCUGUACCAGGUGGAGCUGCAGCGUGGCUCGCUGGAGCAGAUGUGGGGCUUCUCCGUGGAGGCCGAACUGAUCGAGAACGCCGAUCGGCAGGACGAGCUGUGCUGCUACGUGAGCCGCGUCGAGGACAAGAGCCUUGCCAUGCAGAACGGAGUCAUCAAGAGCGACGAAAUUAUUGUGAUAAACGGCGCGAUCGUAUCCGAUCUGGACAUGAUGUACUUGGAGAGUGUCCUGCAGGAAGAGCAAGCCUUAUGCAUGAUGAUGAGGUCCUCACGCACUGAACCUCCGGAUCUAGUGGGUAUCAUGCGCUCAACGGACGACAUCAUCGAGUCGCUUGUGUGUCCUCCUCCUCCCUCUGACCCUCCAGUCAUCAGUGAGGAGAUGAUCUCCGGUCUUAUUGUUCCUGCUCCCAAUUGGCGUAAGGAGGUGUACUCGCCCGAGGUCGAAAGCUCGCCGGUCCCGUCCGGCCUGGAUCCGCACAUGGACCGCUCCAAGCAGUCGUCCCGCACGAACAGCUUCGAGAUCGAGAAUCUGCUAAAGUCAGCCGAACAGGUCACCGGCUUCUGCCGAUCGCCGCAGGAGACACGCAAAUCCAGCCCCACCGGAUCGGUGGCCUCGUCCGUGUCCAACGCCAUGCUGACGCCCUCUCGCCAGCUGUCCGACGCCGAGAAGCUACGCAAGGUGAUCCUCGAGCUAGUUGACACGGAGAAGACCUACGUCAAGCAUCUGAACAACCUGCUCGAGUACUACCUGGAGCCGCUGAAACGCGAAACAUUCCUAUCGAACGCCGAGAUCACCGCACUGUUCGGCAACAUCCAAGAGAUCGUCACAUUCCAACGGCAGUUCCUAAACAACCUGGAGGAGGCGCUCGACCUCGAGCCGGACUUCCACCAGCUGGAGCAUCCUAGUCAAUUCAAGAACGUCCUCUUUGCGAUCGGUUCCGCCUUCCUGUACUACGUAAACCACUUCAAGCUGUAUUCCUCGUUCUGUGCCAGCCACAGCAAAGCACAGAAGGUUCUACAUCCAAACGAAGGCAACCAGGCGCUGCAGGAGUUCCUGGUGGCGCGCAACCCCAAGCAGCAGCACAGCAGCACGCUGGAGUCGUUCCUGAUCAAGCCGAUCCAGCGCAUCCUCAAGUACCCGCUGUUGUUGCAGCAGCUGCGCAACCUGACCGACCCGAACGCCGCCGAACAUCUGCACCUGGUCGAGGCGCUCAAGGGCAUGGAGAAGGUCGCCGAGCACAUCAACGAAAUGCAACGAAUCCACGAGGAGUACGGCGCGAUCUUCGACCAUCUGUUCCGCCAGCACCAGAAGUCCUGCAAGCAGCCGAUCGACCUCAGUCCUGGCGAUUUGCUGUACUACGGAGGCGUCGAGUGGCUGAACAUCUCGGACUUUCUCGGCAAGAUCAAGAAGGGCCUGGAGCUGCACGCCAUGUGCUUUGUCUUCAAGUCGGCCGUCGUGUUCCUGUGCAAGGAACGGCUGCGCCAGAAGAAGAAGCUAAUGGGUGUGUCCAGCAAGAACGCCACCAACGAGGUGGAGAUCAUCCGGUACCAAGUGUUGAUCCCCGUCACGGAGGUGCAGGUGCGGGCCUCCUCCGCCAAGGACAUGGACUCGCACUUCCUCUGGGAGCUGAUCCACCUCAGAUCGCAACUACAACGAAGGUCGGAGAAGGUCUACGUGCUGUCGAAUAGCACCGGUGACUUCCGCAACGCAUUCCUCAAGACGAUCCGCCAAAUCAUCCGCGAGAGCGUCCGCAACAUGUCGAUUCCGUCGCUGAAGAGCAUGGGCGGCAGCAUGAACUCGAUGACCGGCGUCGGCCUCUCGUCCGGCAACUCGCAAACCCUGGAACGGCCCAAGCAGCAGGCCCAGAUCAUGCCGGGUUCGCAAACGCUCGGCAAGCCGAAGAAGCACAAGAUCAACCAGCGGCACUCGUCCGGUAACAUCGACUACGACAACACCACGUCCGGCAGCCAGGAGGCGGACGACCCGCCCGUGCCGCAGUACAGCGGCCAGUUCCGGAUGCGCAGCAAGACGGUCGGCGAUGUGGGCGAGCAAGUUGCCGCGUGCAGACGCAACAUGAGCGAGCGUGAGCGCGAACGCGAGCCGGAAAAGGCCGACCCGGGAACCAAGUCCGAGGGUGAGGACGACUCGCAGCACGGUACAGUCAAGCCCAAGUCGUCGCUGGGCAAGACUCCGAACCAUCUCACCUUGAGCACGACUUCAACGCUCUCGGUCGGCAGUACCGGAAGCCAGGCCCGUCUCAUCCAGUCGUCGCAUCCGCCGGCCACGUACCACCCGGUACUGAUGAAAGACCUAGGAUCCCCGGUGUGGAAGCCUAGAGACAUGAUUAGUUUAGGUGAUGCCCAGUGCUCUUCGACCGCACGUAGAGACGAUUCGAACAAGUAAAAAAAAAACACACUCACACUAACACAAGUAUGAUAUGUCAAAAUCAAACGAAAAUUUAAGAAAUGAAAAAAAAAGAUUUUAAAGAAAGAAGAAUAUUUAUGUUUGUAAGUCACGAAUUACGAUUUGGGGUUGUCAUCGGAGUUGUUUCGCUGCUUGGCAACACGGAAUUCGCACUCAACGAAACGGAAGUGUUGCCAGUUUGACCGGAGCGAGCAAACUCUGUUUGACAGCUCCAUUGUUCUCGUAGCGGAUAAACAAAACAGAAAGACAAGGAAGGCAUGAAGAUAUAUUAAAUUGUUAUGUGAAAUUUGUUGCAUCUCAUAUGACUGACAGGAGGGUAGAGAGCGAAUGCUGGACGGUGAAAAAAAAUUCCGACUUAAAUAGAAAAAAAAAACUAAAAUCGCAAAUUAUAUGACAGAAACUAGUGAGCAGCGUCAGUAAAACAGAGAGAAAAAAAAAACGAGCAGAACAGUACUUAGUGAUAAUUUCUUAUUGCAAGCCGUAGUUAAGAAAGGAACAAGUUUAUGAUUAUCAUUAUUAUUAUUAUUAUGAAAUGAAAACGAAGAUAUAAUAAUAACCAUACAAAGAGAAACUUUAAAAAGAAUACAAAACACACUCACACAAAAAGUAUCACACACUCACACACACUUGAAUGUCGGUUAAAGUUGUAUCCUCAAAAAAAAACAAACUCAAAUGAAUAAAGUAACGAUGAAUGGUUUACCUUACUUGGUACACUUUUGAUAUUUUUUAAAUAGAAAGAGCGUGUAAGUCAAGGGGCACCUUACAGCUAUAUUAGCAGUAAUGGCAACUGUUACGGCAGCAUCGUUCAUAAAAAAAACUCAGUAUUAUGUGAGCAAAAAUUACUCUUUUUCACACUAUUUGAUUGUGAAUUUCGAAAAACAUAAAAGCAAGCAAAAAUAACCUUUGAUUUUGGUCGUGAAAAUUGUUAGUGAAAAAUACACCCACACACAAACACACACACAGUGAGAGCGAGAGAGAAAGAGCAAAAAAGAGUAAGCAAAAAAAAAUCAGUUAUAAAUAACAUGUAAUACAUACAAGAAAAAAAGGGAAUUGAAUUUUAUACAUUGUGAAACCGAUUGGACGCAUUUAAUCCCACGAACGAACGAGUUUGACGUUCUCCUAAAGAACGCCAAAAAAAAACUGACGUUCGGCGCAAGAUGACAUAAAGAAACACAAGUGAAAAAGUUGUUUUUGUGUUGCCAUAAAACGUGAGGGAGUGCAGCAAAAUUCGAUAAUCACUAUCAAUUAAACUAGUUAAUUAAAGAGUUUUUCCUAUAUUGGUUCAUGAAAUUUUUCUAUAAAAACAAACCUAGCGAUUUUAGAUACCAAUUGAAAGUAAACAAUAAGAGCAUCCACGACAAGUGAAAGAAAGCCAAAACACGUAUACCUUGAAAAGAAAAACUGAAAAGGAAGCUAAAAUUUCAAAAUUUUAUUUGAAAUUUUUAAUCACUAACCACACCAGCAAAUAAAUCUCUCCUAUGAAAAAAACACACUCACACACACAAGCACGCACGCAACCACACCAACACUCGCUCACAUUCCUUCCUUGAGUCUUGGUAGAGUUCUCAAUCGAAGCAGGCCGACCUUGCUCAGUAGACACUCACACACCCACACACUCACACUUAUGGUAAACAUUUAGGAAAAAAAAGUCUUGCAAUCCCGCAAAUGAACGAAGAAAAAAAAACUCUAGUUAAAAUACGUAUAUUUCCUUUUACAUAAAAAAAGUAAACAAGUAACAAAAACAGACAACUGCACGCGUUCUUUCCCUCACAGAAGUAUUUAUAAAAAUAUACAUACAAAAAGCAAAACCAACUUGAAACAUUAUUAUUAAACAUUUAAUAAUAAAAGUGAAACAAAAAGCGACAAAAAUAAUUGAUAAACACAAAAUUCUGCAAACAAAACGAUCUUUUAAAAACAAAAAUUAACUACUCUAGCACACACGGGACGGGAGUUAAAAUUGAAGAACUAAACAUGAGAGAAUAGUGCGUCAUGCAAAACAUAAACACAGACGACGAGUUAAUUUUAACAACAAUCUCAAACGGUCUCCAAUUUUACCCCAAAGUUAAAUUACUCAAACACACACACAGCAACACACACUCACACAAGCAUUUUGUUUCCAACCUCUUUUUCGAACAGCGUUGAUCGCAUAUAUGAAGGAAAACAAUUCUAGUUAAAAAUAAAUCCAACUUAAAGACACAGCAAAACAAAAGAACGGUUACAUGAAUUUCACGUAAAGUUACACUAAUACACAGACGCCGUGACUGUGCCGUGCAAACUUUUCGUUUCUUGAAGCCAAAUCAAAGCAUGCUUCGACGAAGACCCCUUUCUUCCACACACUCACGCAUGUAAGCAAAAGAACCAUUGUGCACUCUCACACCACACACACGCGCAAUCCUGUAAAAACCAAGUAACUCUCUAGCCGACUACUUUCCUUACACUCAGAAAAAAAACAACCAAACACAGGACAAAAGGUGACGCAAAGCCAAGCAAACACAUGAUUGCGUUAGGAAAUACAAUUAACAAAACAAAACAAAAAAGUCUUAUAAGAAAAGCAAAGAAAACAAAUUACCACAAAAAAAUUGUUACCCAAUCAAUAAUCUAUGGUUAUCAUACACAGAAGAAAACACAAAAAAAAACGGCAAGCAAGCAAAGAAAAAAAAAAGAAAACAACUUUAUAAACAAAAAAUAGCUAAUAAUUAAUUCAGUGGUUCUUUAUAUAAAGGGGUAAACGAAUACAAGAAAGCAAGGAUCUUCACCAAGUCACCGUAAAUCCUUCUUUUUUAUUUCGAAAACGAUGCGAAAGGAGAAAACAACACAGACACAAACACACACUAACAAUUAAUCUGACACGAAUUAAAAAGAAAAAUGAUACUAGGACACACACACACGCAAACAUACACGUAUAGCCACACACACUACUUAAAAAGUAAACAAAAAAGAAACGAAAAAAAAAAAACUUUAAAAAUGAUGCGAAAAUUAUCACACAACAAAACCCCGACACUUGCCCCUCCCUCCCCCUCUUGUUUUGGUUCAACUCAUCCCGGAAGAAUGCAAAAACAAACAAACAAAAAGCAAAACAAAAGGCGAGAAAUGAUACACACAACAAAAAAAGGAAAACAAACAACUGAUGCAAACACAAAAAGGGAGAGAACAAAAUUGUGCCAAUUAACGGAAAAGGAAAAACGCACGACAGAAAGUCGCAAAUCGAUUGAUGAAAAGAUGAGAAAAAAAACUAAAAAUGGACGUACUGUAAAAUGCAAACGAAACCACGCGCAGUAAUGCUGGCAGAAAUGGAAGAAAAUCACAAAUGAAAACGAUGAAAGCGAAGCAGCAAAAAAA